UUAUCGCUUUUUACAAAGGUCAGUAACAUCUGGUUACAAGGACUUUACAACUUUCAGUAAGCACUGACUCACAACGUACGGGACGGGUGGACCAGCAAGGACAGACUAAAAGAGAGCGUCACUGGACUUCCUGCGUAUUACCCAACAAGCUUUGUAGCCCUAGAAAACCAAUAUGGCGGACGAUCUAGACGACGAGUGGUGGUUAGAAGACAAAAAACACAACGAAUCUUCCGAGAAUCAAGAAAAUGAUAAGAAGAAAGCGAAGAAAAGAAAAAAUUCUCAGCGCUCUGAACGACACGUGAAGGGACGCGACGAGGAUGUAGACGAUGAAAAUACAAAGAAAAAGAAGAAAAGAAAACGAAGACCUAAGACAGAAGAUAUUACCAAAGAACUCCACGGGAAAUCAAUACUCAAUGCAUUAUGGGAUACAUUCAGCAAAAGCUGUUCUAGUAAACUCACCCCUUUGGAGUUAGACGACCUGAAGAUUGAUGAUUCCUGUUGCUUAACUGAAGAUUCCAUUCACACUGGAGAUGUGUCAGAACUACCUUCAUAUUUAGAAAAAGUGAUUCCUUACUGGAAAGAGCAAGUUGAAAAAAUGAACAAAAAGAAAACCACAGGAAGCCCACUGUUACUUUUUGUCACCUCUGCUGCUACAAGAGCAGUGGAGUUAAACAAGGUCCUUGAAAAAUUCAAAGGUGAUGCUAAAACAGUGAAACUGUUUGCUAAACAUUUUAAAAUAGAGGAACAGAUAAAGUUUCUCGAUUCCCACGUCGUACAUCUUGGUAUUGGAACACCGAAUCGUAUUUUAAAGCUACUAUCAAAUGAUUCCUUAAAGACAAGCAAAACCAAAUAUGUUAUUAUUGACUGGACUUGGAGAGAUCAAAAACUUAGAAGCAUCGCAGACAUGCCUGAGGUCAAAGAGGACCUUAACCACUUAUUACAAAAGUUUGUUUUCCCUCUGGCUAAGUCAGGAAAGAUCAAAGUAGGAUUGUUUUAAGGGGAUGUUACACGAGACGAUUUUUAGCGCAACACUGUUGCGUUUAAAGUUGGUGUCGUGCAUGUAACAUGACGCGCGCCGCAACACAAAUCGAUGGGAAUCGAUGUUUUGAGUUUUGAGGGUCGUUCAAUAACCUGCAACAUGUUGCCUCAUCAAAAUAUUGUUCCAAAUGGUAAACGCUGCAAACGCGCGCAAUUUUACAAGAGAACGAUCUUUGGCGCAAAAAUUUGAAUUCUGUUUGUUAUGCACUGGUUUGUUGUUUUCAACAACACCUAAUCUUGUCCGUAUGCAGUGCAUUUCGUAAUCAGAAAAUUGAACGGCUAUUAAAUAAACUUUUUUCACCAACUA